GAGGCUUUCAUUAUGUUCUUCUCUUAACACUGACCAUAGCCUAUGAUAGGCCUACACACGUGUACACAGACACACACACACACAUUAUGCCUGAUACAGAGAACGCCCACUGUAUCCAUGGAGACCGAGAGACGCGUUUGAAAACAGGAUCACAUAAUCUGCGGAAGUAAGCAGCUUUAUGUGCGACAGCUAAGAACACAACUAUGGAUCUUCCAUUUUUUCUGGGCUUCAAAUGAUAUGACAGUAGGACAAUAACGAUUACAAAGUAUUUUACAAUUUACCAUAUUCGAUAUAAUCUCUAUUGUUAAAUGUAACGUUACAGUAGCUGCCGGUAUCCACACAAACUAUCGACCUAUGAUAUCCUACCUUAGGUACAUUACGUAACUUUACGGUAUAUGUUACAGAAUACGAACAUGUCUUGCUCUUGGGAAAAACGUUUGGCUGAAAAUCUCACCAAUGCUGAUCAUAUGCGUGACACGAGGAAGAGAAUAGAUACGGAUCAUGAGGAGAGACUGCGCAGGCGCGAACGGGACAGGGAAGAUGCUGAGGUAAGGCGAGCGGCUCGUAAAGUUAAGAAGACCCCCUCCGCGUCUGACAAGUUUAAGACCAGAAGUUAUGACAGACCCUGGGCUGUAGGAAAACCAGAGACCAGAAAGACACCAUCCAGCACUUCAGAUAGCAGUAAUACAUCCAGUAGAAACUCAGGAUCAAGGUUGCCAGACAUUACGAACAGAGUCCUGAGGCAGUCUUCAGAGCCAAGGACACCUCAAACAAUAAAGCAACCUCGCAGACACAACAAGCACUCCGGGAAUACAUUUUUGAGUAAGGAAGAUUCCCUUUCAGCUCACAAUAACAAGUGCUUGAGAACAAAGACUAGAAAACCAUUAGUGUCUGGUAGUUCGGCCUGUUACCAAGAAGACCACUUUCAGUAUACCUCAAGCGAGGCAGAAACCUCUCCCAGUGCAUUCGGUCAGAACAAACCUCCCUUGACCCACAGCAGAGAGCCUCCUCACAUGCUUCUCGACGAGCACUUGACCCGGGCCUGGCCUCGCCUGCCCUCACUCGGGUCCAGCUUCUCCUGGACGUCAUCCGAGUCGUCCGACACGGGCCGGCAGAGCUUCUCAAACGUCUGGGACUUGACCGACAGCAGCAGUAGCAGCAGCGGCAGCAGCACCAUUCAGGAGGAGGAGGAGGAAGAGGAGACGGAUGACAGCGGUGGGCCCGAUCGUCGCCACGGCAUCAGCAGCAGCUGCGGCAGCAGCCUCUUCUCUGCCCGCAGUGUCUCCACGGACUCCUGCCUGUCCUCCAACCAGUCGGCAGAGUCCCCUCUGAGCACCCCUUUCUCCUUCAGCAGCAGCAGCAGUUCCACCCCCAUGUCCCUGAGGGGCCCGGUGUUGGACCUCACCCCCAGAAUGAGGGCCUCUUCCCUGGACGCACUCGUCAGGGACCUCCCCUGCCUGGAGCCCAUCACAUCCGAGUCGGAGGAGGAUGAGGAGGACCUAGAGGAGGAGUUGAGUACCUGGCAGGCUGGGCAGCUGGGGCGAGGUUCGGGGGUGGUGAGGUGGAGAGGCCCCCUGUCUCGGCCCUAUCUCGUUCCGCUAUCAACGGCGUCCGCGGCAGUCGCCUCUUCUCGUGGAGGCGCCUACGAGCCUACGAGUUGGGACACGAGCCCUCGCGGAGCGCCGGCGAGAAGAACCCUCGACGGAGAUGCGUACGCCGCCAUGCCAGCGCUGGAGCCCAUCCCUGAAGUCAGCCCUGCCGCCAGCAACACCCCAAUGUUCGCCUCCGCCUCCAGGAACUUCUUCUUAUCACAUCUGGAUCCGCUCGUCAGCGACGGGCCCAUGGGCCUCGAGCCAGUCCCCAGGAACGAACCUCCCCGGCGGGGUCGGCUAAGCACAUCUGGGGCCUCCCCUCCCCAGGCUGGUGGUGCCCAGGGCGGAGACAGCGACGGCGACAGCAGCAUAGAGGGCACAGAGGGUGGCACGGCGACCCCGUCUGGGCCCCGCAGGGUGGCAUCGCGCAUCGAGGCGCUGGCCAUCAUGGACCAGCUGAGCAUGGCGCUGGUGGCCAUGCGGGAGAUGCGGCGGGAGAUCCAGGGGAUCCAGAGGGUCAACGGGCAUGGGAAUGACGUGGAGACGGGCAGCGCCGGCAGCACAGGGAAUACCACCGGGAAUACCACCGGGAAUACCACUGGGAAUACCUCUGGGAAUGGGCAUGGUGCCAACCAGGGGGGUAGCGCCAGCGCAGAUGGAAACACAGCGAGCGCUCCAGAGACCAGAUCACAAGCCGACCCGGAAACACUACGCAGGAUAACGCAGAGUUUGCUGGAGGAGCCUGAUGAGGAGGAGGAGGGGGACCAGUGUCGCAUCUGCCAGUGUGGGCCCAGCUCCCUCACCAACCCCUUGCUCUCCCCCUGCCAGUGCUCUGGGAGCCUGCAGUACAUCCACCACGACUGCCUCAAAAAGUGGAUAGAGACCAAGAUAGAGUCAGGAGCCUACAUGCCCGCAGUGACAACCUGUGAGUUGUGUAAGGGGACUCUAAAACUGGACCUGAAUGACUUUGAUCUCGAGGAGUGUUUUCGUCGGAAUGCACAAGUGCAGAGGGACCGUGGCAGCCCAGACCUGCACCUGUUGUUGCUGCUCCAGGAGCGUUUCUCCGGCCUCAUGGAGGCCAUCCAGGCUCACAACACCGCCGUCGCUCAGGUCAGAGACUUGAGGCAGAGGAGGGAGCGUGGCUCUGACGGAGACAGGGCCACAGGGCAGGGCCGAGGAGCACUCACGCUCACCACCAGGGGCUGGACGUCGUCAGACUCGGAGUCCCAGUCUCCCCUCUGAGGUGUGAGGAUGAAGUUAUUAAAAUGAGUUUGAUAUCUUU